ACCCAUAGUUGACCGCGUUUUCUUAAGCAACCAACAAUGAAGUUUUCUACAGUCGUCGUUGCUGGAUUUGCCGUUCUGGGCUCUGCGAUGGUGAACAAAGGCGUACAGUUUGGUGACCCGCCCCAAACAUCUCCUCCAGUCGAUUUCAUCUGAGCACUAACAUUAUCAGACCCGUGUACUCAUGACAUCCAAUGCGUGUCAAACAGGUGUAACAGUGAGUGACAAUCACUCAUCACCAUUCCUUGACAGAUUCCUCGAAGGAGACUGGCCUGAUAGCUGGCAUACGCAGAGGGAAAAUGCGACGUUUGUAACAACAGCACGCCAAAUUGGGGCGCGGAAUGUCCACCCCUUUUCACUGGUGCUCGCGGCCCCUGCUGCUACGGAUUGUGCCAGAAGGACAGCACCUCGAGCUCGGGUUUCAGAUGUGCUCAAGUCAAUGGUGUCGUCGACAAACUUACGAUCCGACUUGAAUCAAAUCAACGAGUAUUCAAGGCAGGUCAAAGAUGACUCGCUUGUCACUCCAGGCUUGGACACUGUUCUUAGCAUCCAAGAUGGACAACAUGCAUGCGUGCCAGAGCUCGCGAAAACGAAGUAGAUAUAAGACACUCAAUUGGUGCACUCCGAUUGUGCUUGACGAGUUAUAUAAGUUGAUCGUGCUCAUAAAUGUCAAUGAUUACUGA